CUGGUGGACGGACAGAUGUGGUGUAAGGAGAGGAGGGCCAGACAUCCUGUUUCAGGUGGCUGCAUAGUGGACCCUUUAACUGGCCCAGAUUUCUGGGCCACGGACGUUCAUCAUCACCUCAUCUUUCUUCUCUCUGCCGUGAGGUCACGUCCUCUCUCCAUCUUGUCCUGAUGCUCUGAGAUCACGGGGCAGGUGUCGCCGGUUACCACUAAGUUGUUCAACAAGGACACACCAUCAUUACCGUCAUGACAUGGUUUCCUUUCACAGGGCUGUAUAUACAGAUGAGACGGGAUGCAGGCGCUCCUUCUGAUGUUCAGGAGCGCUUGGCUAACCUUCGCUCCUUCUUCCAGUCAAUUUACCCGAGGGACGGGGUUAUCAGUGUGUCGUGUUUUGUCUUAAAUAAUAGGAAGUGUGUUUCAGACCCAGACAGCCCCCCUCAGUUCCUACUAGCAAGGACGUUGUCAGACUACGAGGUAGAGUUGUCCUGGGAACCGCCCAAGCAGGUCAACUCUGAGAUCCUCUACUACAAAGUCAGAGUCUGGAAUGAAUCGUCUGAGGUGUGGUACAACGUGACAGGGUCAUCAGUGGUGAUCAGUGUGGACUCAAGGAGUCGCUUCAACGCCUCCGUCUCCAGCUGGACACGUCUGGGGGAUGGAGGGGUCCUUGUGUACAUCACCUUCAGUAUUAUGGAUGCAGGGCCAUCGGAUCCUCCUCAGAACGUUUCGGUGGUGAACCUGACCUCCUCCUCUUUGACUGUUCUCUGGCUACCCCCCAGUCAGCCCAAUGGAAUCAUCCUACACUACACUCUGUACUGCUCAAACAAUAUUACGGUCAGAAAGCAGAUUAUCCCAGUUUCACAGCUGGACCCUGUGUCUCCAGGGAAGAAUCUGUCCUACCGUCUGUCUGGCCUAAGAGGAGGACAGACGUACAGCCUCUGGCUGACCUCUAGCACCCUACAGGGGGACGGGGGGGUCCAAACUGAGCCGUUACACAUACUAACCCUGGAGGACGGUCAGUCUCUCUCUGUCACACGCACGGUCUGCACAGAUUUUUUCCCGACCUCUUUUUGAACUUGAACUAAAAUCACGUAAAAACUCUGCGGCUUAAGUGUG